CGCACCCAUUCACUAUUUACUUAUAAGAUGGCGGUCGCCGCCGGAUCAGGCGUGAAGGUGCCGCGGAACUUCCGUCUGCUGGAGGAGCUGGAGGAGGGCCAGAAGGGAGUGGGGGAUGGGACAGUCAGCUGGGGCCUCGAGGAUGAUGAUGACAUGACGCUCACGCGCUGGCGAGGCAUGAUCAUCGGUCCACCACGGACCAUCUAUGAGAAUAGGAUGUACAGCCUGCGAGUGGAAUGUGGUCCCAGAUAUCCAGAGACUCCUCCAUUUGUGCGAUUUGUGACAAAGAUAAACUUGAAUGGAGUACACAACUCCAGUGGUGUGGUGGACACGAGGGCGGUGUCUGCUCUGGCUAAGUGGCAGAACUCCUACAGCAUUCGAGUGGUGCUGCAGGAGCUUAGAAGACUCAUGAUGUGCAAAGAGAACAUGAAGUUACCGCAGCCACCUGAGGGACAGAUAUACACCAACUGAGACUGUACUACACCACACACACACACACACACGCACACACACACACACACACACACGCACAUAGAUCCUCUGCCUGUUCAUCUUUCUUUCUUCCCCCUCUUCUUGUUUGUAUUCAUCCUUUUAUUCCUCUCUCUCUGCAUCUGUUAGUUGUCUCAUUUGUCCUUGAAUUUUCUUGCUGUGUCUCUCUCGUUCCCUCUCCCGCACACACGCACGCACACAGACGUACACACACAGACGCACACGC